AUGUCGGGUUUUUUCUUGGGUAAGCGUUUUUGCUCGAGCCCUGGCAUGUCGUUAGUUUUUUCUCCAGGCUUUUCCUCGGACUUCUCCUCGGGAUUUUCUUUGAGUGAUGUGUCCUCGUCAACGGUUAUAACGUUUGGCAGAUUUGUUGUUGCGCGAGAAGCAGUUUGCGUAACGACUAAGGACAGCACCGUUGCUAGUAUCAAUAUCAUUUUGCACUUCACUUUUCGUGGCUCUACUUAUGCGACGGAAAUAUGUGCUCAAAAUGUGGAAGAACUAUAA